CCCUGUUCACUUGCAGUUCUAGCAUUGAAAUCCCCCACAAGGAGGGCCUCACCAAGCUCAGAGAACACAUCAACUGGUAGAGAUGAAAGAACAAACAAAAUACGGUAGAUACAUCAUCUGCAUAGAAGAAAACUAGACUCUUUUGCCUUCUUAAACCUGACACGGGACCCCACUACGCUGUCCUCGCUGAGCAGCCGGACCUACCUCCUUUGCCUUCAAAGAUUCACUGCUCAAAAACGGUAAUCGUUAAAGCCCCAAGGCCGCACCCGAGCUCCACAAUGUGUAAUCACUGUCAAUUGUUUAAUUGCUUUCAUCAUGCACGUAAACAAUAAUAAGCAAUCUUUUCAACGCGUGGAAUGGGGAAAGAGAAUUGGAAUGUUAUCAUUUCAAGCAAACUUAUGCGUUUUAGAUUCGCCAUAACACCCAGUAAAAUGGGUCCAGUAUCGCUGAUCUGUCUUUUCGUUUCUUCUCAAGGGAGACCUGUUAAAAAAAGUGAAAAAGCUUCGGGUUAAAGCAAUAAUAUCAUCCUCAAGCCAGCCAUUUCCACUCAUGAUACAUACUUAGAGCAUUUAUUGAAUCUAGAUGUGAGACCGAUCAAGCCCAGAAUAUUAGAAAACCAGAGUUCCCUUCAUGUAUAGAAUUUCAUGUGGAGAUUGUUGAAGUCUCAUUACACAACCCAAAAAGGAAAAAUUCUGUCUUUUGGGCUCGCUCGAAAUUAUGUGGUGCGGAGGAAACAUAAACUCUAGGGAAUCUUCCCAAAUGAUUUUCAAUUGGUUUUAAUUUCUGGUGUUGGUUUUUGCCUCCCCAAACGGAAGCUCUUUCACUGUCUGCUAAUUAUUGUGUUGGAGAAGAGGAAUCGAUAAAAUUUAGUAUUUCUUCCUAAUGAUAAAUUGGGUGGCAUUUCUGGGAUUGGGUUUUGUCUUAAGUGUCUUUUUCCCUGAUUGGGUAUGCUUCUGCUUAGCUCAAAAUGGGGAUAGACCCCCGACUGUGAAUGUGGGUGCUCUUGUAGCCUAUAAUUCCACUAUUGGGAGAGUGGCCAAAAAGACCAUUGAAUUAGCAGUAGAAGAUGUUAACAACGAUGAAACUUUGCUCAAUGGAACCCAACUCGUGCUCACCAUGAUGGACUCCAAUUGCAGUGCUUUCAUCGGCACUUCAGCAGCUAUUGAGUUGUCAAAAAAUAAUGUAGUGGCAAUUAUAGGACCACAAUCCUCCGUGAUUGCUCAUGUUAUUUCUCACAUAGCAAAUGGACUUAAUGUGCCACUUUUAUCAUUUGGAGCAACUGAUCUGAGUCUCUCUUCACUUCAGUAUCCUUAUUUUUUUCGUUUGACGCAUAAUGACUUCUCACAGAUGACAGCAAUUUCUGCUGUAAUUGGUUUCUUCAAUUGGAGAGAGGUUAUCGCAGUUUAUGUAGAUGAUGACUAUGGAAGAAAUGGAAUAACUGCUCUGGGUGAUGCACUUGGGAAUAAAGCUAGUAUUGUUCAAAAAUAUCGAAUGCGUCCAGACAUCACUAGAAGUAGCCUGGCUAAUAGCUUGAAAGAUUUGGCGUUGCUGACAACUAGAGUUUUUGUUGUUCAUAUGAAUCCAGAUGUUGGUCUGAAACUUUUCACUGAAGUACACCGCCUUCAAAUGUUGAGCAAUGGCUAUGUAUGGAUUGCCACAGAUUGGCUAUCUUCUGCUCUGGAUUCUCUUGAGCUUGAUUCAGAUACAAUGAAGUCACUACAAGGGCUCGUUACUGUGCGGCGGCAUAUUCCCAAUUCCUAUCAGCAACAUGAUUUCUUAAUAAGAUGGAAUAAUCUGCAAAAAGUUGGAAAUGUUGAUUCAGGCCUCAAUGUGUUUGGAUUGUAUGCUUAUGAUACAGUAUGGGCAAUUGCCUAUGCUAUUGAUAAUUUUUUGAAAAAAGGGGGAAAUUUAUCCUUUACAGAUUAUCCUCACCUAUCCACUGCAAGUGGAAUUGUAUCAGAGUUAGCAAAGCUCAAGGUCUUCAGAGGAGGUCCACAGUUGCACAAAAUAUUAUUGCAAAGUAACAUUACAGGCUUAACAGGUCAAGUUCAACUGGAUGAAGGAGGUGACCUGCUUGGUUCAACUUUUGAGAUAAUUAAUAUAGUUGGAAAAGAUUUUCGCAAAGUGAGCUACUGGUCAAAUAUAUCAUCAGGCUUAUCUGUCAUUCCUCCUGAGAACAGACGUGUAAGUUCAGACAACAAUGCAGGUUUAAAUAGAACAGUGUAUGAUAUUAUAUGGCCUGGUGAUAGAAAACAGGUGCCUCAAGGGUGGACAAUCCCGGGCAAUGGUAGGAAGCUUCAGAUUGGAGUUCCUUGGAAAGGGGGAGAAUUUGAAAAGUUGGUGAAAAUAGAAGGUUCCGAAGUGGGAGAUUCUUACUGCACUGAGGUGUUUGCUGCUGCAGUAAAGAUGCUGACUUAUCCUGUUCCUUAUGAAUUCAUAGUCUAUGGAAGUAAAGAAUCACCUCCCAAUUAUGAUGAUCUUGUGAAAAAAGUUGCUUUCAAGGAAUUUGAUGCAGCAAUUGGGGACAUAACAAUUCGGACAAAGAGAUCAAAUUAUGUGGACUUCACCCAACCUUUUGUGGACUCUGGCCUGGUAGUGGUAGCUCCUGUCAGAAAGUUAAAUUCAAAUCCUUGGGCUUUCUUGAAGCCAUUUUCACGAGAGAUGUGGUUUACAACUGGAGCAUUCUUUCUUGUCAUAGGAGCUGUUAUCUGGAUUUUGGAGCACAAACUAAACCCAGACUUCCGAGGAGAACCAAAGAAACAACUUGUUACCAUCUUUUCGUUUUCCUUCUCAACAAUGUUUUUUGCCCAUAGAGAGCAAAUUGUGAGCAGCCUUGCACGGAUGGUUUUGAUUAUAUGGCUGUUUGUAGUUUUGAUCAUCAAUUCAAGUUACACAGCAAGUUUGACCUCAAUCCUUACUGUGCAACAGCUUUCACCUACUAUUAAAGGAAUUGAUGAUUUGAUAUCAGACAAUCUCCCGAUAGGAUAUUUAAAUGGGUCCUUUGUUAGAAACUAUCUGUCAGGGGAGCUUAGUAUAGCUCAAUCCAGACUUAUUGCUUUUGAUUCUCCUGAAAGUUAUUCUAACGCUCUAUUGGAAGGACCAAGCAAAGGAGGUGUGGGAGCAGUUGUAGAUGAACUUCCACCUAGCCAGCUCUUAGUAGCAGAUCGGUGUGAUUUGGAAAUAGUUGGUCAGUCAUUCACUAAAAGUGGAUGGGGAUUUGUUUUCCAAAAGGACUCCCCACUACAAAUUGAUAUAUCAACAGCAAUUCUGAACCUUUCAGAGACAGGUGAACUUCAGCAUAUCCAUGAUAAAUGGUUGGGUGCAAAUAGUUGCACUUCACAUUCUAAGGACAAUGGACCAAAGGAACUUGGCCUGAACAACUUUUGGGGUCUUUUCUUGAUCACUGGAGCGGCAUCCUUUGUUGCUCUUCUUGGAUUUGUAUGUUGUUUGGCUUUUCAAUUCAGGCAUCAUCCAAGAACUUCUGAUGAUUCACAGAGUGUUAAAAGUGCUAUUAGAAAGUUUGCUUCUUUUGUUGAUCGUAAGGAGAUUGAUCAAAGAAAAGAAAGUUCAAGGGGGAGACGGACUGAUGGGCAGGAGGAAAUAAACUAAAUUACAAGUGAAUUUAUACCCUGACACUGCACCACAUGAUUUUGGCUGUCAUAGUCACAAAUAAUUCAUGGUAGCAAAUCUCUACAAAAAAUCACAUUAACUUGCAAGUAAUCAGCACUUGGCAGGUUUGGCAAUCUGAUCUGAAUUGGACUGGCAAUUUUUUCUCCAUACUUGGGUCCAAUACCCAAGGCACCAAAAAAGGCAUAAACUUGAGAUUCAAUCCCAAUUUGGUAUGAAAUUAAAAAAACAGCAUUUUUUUCUAUUUUUAUGAAUUUGACUGUGUUUUUUUAAUUUCCUGGUUAAUUGAAAAAAUCUUUUAUCGAA